UCUAGAGAGAGAAAACCGAAACCCCCCCUUCUCUCUUCACUCUCUUAGUAUUAUCUUUCUCUCGCUGAGAAAUCAGUCUCAAAAUAAGGACCCCCUGACCUCAUUUCUUCACUUCCUUCCUCUCUUUCUUCACAAUAUAGAAGAGAGAGAAACACACACACAUGAAAACAUAGUGAACAGAAUCCUCGUGUGGGCUCGCACCUUUUCUUCUCAAAUUUUUUUGUUAUUGCUGUGUGCCUUCUCUCUCUCUCUCUCUCUCUCUCUUUCUCUCUCUGUUUCAAAAUUCUAUUUCCUAUUUCUCUCUUCUUUAAAACGUUGCUGUUUUCUUCUCAAUCUUGUAACUCAACCCCACCGUGUGUGUGUUGUCUCUCUUUCUCUCUCUUCUGUGAUUCAGUUUCAGUCAUGGGUGGGUAGAAGAGAGACAGUGAAUGAGUGAGUGUACAACAAUACUGCGUUAGUAAACUGUUUUCAUUCCAUUUUCUUCUAUGCUUCUGGUUCUGGCAUUGCGUUAGUUCCUAGGGGAGAGAGGAACCUGUUUUGUGAACCCUUUUGUUUAUUUUUGAUUUUGUUUUUGACACCACCAUGAGUUCUUCACAGCACUUGAACAAUGUUGGUGAAGGUAGCAAUAGAGACAUGAGUUUCUUCCCUCCUUCUUCUCUUUAUGUGGGUUCUUCACAAACUCCUCCUUUGUCUAUGGGACAUGAAAAUGGGGUAGAGGGUUCAAAGCCUGAGAUGGGUCUUCAGAUUUUUGGGUCCACAGUGUUUCAGCCCUCGGAGUGCAGGGGAACAAAGAGAGCCAGUGAUGAAGAAGGGGUUGAGAUUGAGAACAGGAACUUGUGUUUAAAACUUGCUGAUGAAGCACAAGCUAAGAGCUCUGCUUCAGGGAAAAUCAAGCUUUGUGCUAGAGGUCAUUGGAGGCCAGCUGAAGAUGAAAGACUCAAGGAGCUUGUUGCUCAAUAUGGCCCUCAAAAUUGGAACUUGAUUGCUGAGAAUUUAGAAGGAAGAUCAGGAAAAAGUUGUAGAUUGAGGUGGUUUAACCAGCUAGAUCCUAGGAUCAACAGAAGGUCCUUUUCUGAGGAGGAAGAGGAGAGACUUAUUACUGCACACAGAAUGUAUGGUAACAAAUGGGCCAUGAUUGCAAGACUCUUCCCUGGAAGGACAGAUAAUGCAGUGAAGAACCACUGGCAUGUGAUCAUGGCUAGGAGGCAGAGGGAGCACUCUAGCAGUGUGUAUAGAAGGAGAAAACUUGUCGUUAAUGAAACCCUUCCAAAGGGUUUGGAUCUGACUCUGUCUAACAAUGCAGGGAGUGAAUCAACCAUCUCAAGCACCAUUGAUGAAUCUGCCUCAACUUGCACUAACCUCUCCCUAACUCCCUCCUCAGCCAAAGUUACCCCUCCUUUUCGAAGACUCUUUGACCAUCCUGGUCCAUCUCAGAAUCACCAAGCCUUUGGAUCAUUAAUUGGGCAAGCUAGAGGGGAUGUGAGUUUUAACAAGUUUUGUGGUGCUUCUUGGAAAGGGGUAGCAUAUAAAAAGGCAGAUCAAGUGGGAAAGCUUAAGGGUGUGGACCAGUCUAAUUUUUCAGAUGCAAAUUCAGAAGUAUCAGUAUCUGAGUCAGUUGCCACCAAUAGGUCCAAUGUCUCAAUUUCUGAAGAGAGUGAAACUGUGGGUGAUAAGAUUAACAUGCCAUUCAUUGAUUUUCUUGGAGUAGGAGCUACCUAGCAAAAUUUGCUGAUCCAAAUCUUCGCCGAAAGAAACAACAAAAAAAAGCUGAGGAGUUAGGGAAGUGAGAGAGGGAAGAGGGGGGCACCGUUGUUGUGUUGGGUGGAAAUGGGUCUGCUGUAGUGCAUUCCCUUGUGUACAGUUGGUUCCAUAAAAGGCAAAAAAAAGUAAAAAGGUAAAAUAAAAAUAGAGGGAGAAAAAAAGAAAAAAAGAGAGAGAGAGAGAGAGAGACAUAAGUUAAGUAGAGAGGUGGAGAAGUGGGUCUGUUAUGAACUUAUGAGAUUCAAAAAAAAGUAUAAUAUUAUUUUCAAACUCUUUGGUUUUGGAACUGUUCCUGCAACAGCAGAGGCAGAGCCCUUGUAGUUUAUUAUCCUGUGGGUGGUACUUUUGGCACUUUGUUAAAUCAGAAGGCAAAGUUUUCAUCA